CCCUUCUCGGCCACCCCACUGUGGAGCAACCUGCCUCUGCUGCAGCGGGAGCCGAGAGAACCUGCCUGGAAAUGAAGGUCACCUCCUUAGCCCUGACAACGCUGCUCCUUGCCGCUCUCUGGACUGAAGCCCACUGCGAUUCCUUCGUCAGCCAGAGCAACACAUGCUGCAUGAAAGAUAAUUUUGUUCCCAGAAGAAUUUCUCCAAAACACAUCAGAAGUUGCAGACCCACAGGUCCUAACUGCUCUCGCCAGGCCGUGAUAGUGACACUCACACAGGGGAAGGAAGUCUGUGUUGAUCCCAGUAAGAUAUCGCUGGCCACAUGUCAAGGAAAGCAAGAAAAACCACGUAAAGACACCCAGACUGCACAGCUGAGACAGAAGCAGCUGGACAAGAACUCCGUGUGAUGCUCCACAUUAUUGACAUGGACUGAUGUGCAUCAGUGCACGGUUUAGAGAAGCUAUUUUUCUAGCCCUCUUUAUUUAAGGAGAACCCCUCCCACUCCUCCAUCCCUUCUGU